AUGAAGCUGAUCAAACGUCGAGACAGGCGUCCCCAAGCCACAGCUGCGACGCCAUGCCACUUGCUUGCACUACCAGCGGAGAUACGCUUGCUCAUAUACAGCCACAUAGCCCCCGAUGGCUUCCUACCAAACGCGCCCUACCAGACAUACAUCGGGCUCAUGCUCUCCUGCCCCCAAAUCUACAACGAGAUGACCUCCGAAGCCGUCCGCCUGGCCCCUUCCAUCCUACGCACGAUCCAGUUCUCCGUCAACGCAACGCCAAUGAAGCUACAACCGCUCCGGCCGACGACCUUCGCCUCGCUGAUGCACCUCACGAUCGGAAUACCACGCUGGGCAAUGCUCGAUCGGCCUACGAUAAUGGGCAUUCUGCAAGCCAUGGCACCAGUACUAGAGCUUCACCUGGCCAGAUUGACCAUCGGAUUGGAAGACCUAGAGGGUGAAGACGAUGUCUUGCAGAUGGUUGAGACACUGAAUCCGGCACAAAUCGCGCGUUACAUGAGCCAACAAUGA